AGACAAAGGCAUCCGAAAGUGAAGUGCAAGCCCGGUCCACACAUGGGCGUGCAAUGAAUCUCUGAAAACUCAGCGUUAAGGCUCCAACAGCCGUGAUCAUAUUGGUAUCAAACAGCCUACUACUCCGUACUUCUUUCGAGCUCACUCAGACAUCAACUGGUGAGCGGUGGUGUCGUGGUGACCAUGGCGCCUGCCCUCCUCGCCGCCGUCGUGCUGGCCGCGGCGGCGUCGCUCGCGGCCCACGUCGCGCUCAACUGCCCCGUGAAGCCGCUGCCGUCGCCUCCGCCGCCACCCACUCCGCCGCCCAACAACCUCCUCCAGAGGCUGGAGAGGCUUGGGGAAGGGGCGCUGGACGCGCCGGAGGACGUGUACGUGGACGCGGCGGCCGGCGGGGCGCUGUACACGGCCACCAGGGACGGGUGGCUGCAGCGGAUGCACCCGAACAACGGGUCCUGGGAGCGGUGGCGCUUCGUCGGUGGCACGGGGCUGCUCGGCAUCACGCCGUCCGCCGACGGCACCAUGCUCGUCUGCGACGCCGACAAGGGACUUUUGAGAGUCGGGGAGGAAGGAGUGACCCAUCUUGCUUCGGAGGUCGACGGCUCCACCAUCAGGUUCGCAGACGCGGCGAUCGAAGGCUCCGACGGCACGGUCUACUUCAGCGAUGCCAGCACCAGGUUCGGCUUCGACAGGUGGUACCAUGACUUCAUAGAGUCCAGCGCCACCGGCCGCCUCCUCCGGUACGACCCGCGCAGCGGCAAGACGUCCGUCGUGCUCGACGGGCUCGGCUUCGCCAACGGCGUCGCCCUGCCGAGGGACGAGGCCUUCGUGGUCGUCUGCGAGUCCAGCAGGUUCAGGUGCAUGAAAGUGUGGCUGAAAGGGGAGAAGGCCGGCAAGGCAGAGACGUUCGUCGACCUUCCGGGGUGUCCGGAUAACAUUCGCCUCGGGUCAGACGGUCACUUCUGGAUUGCCCUCAUCCAGCUGAGGUCGCCAUGGCUGGAUUUCAUCACCCGCUGGACCUUCACGAAGAGAGUGGUGGCUUCGUUCACCGGGCUCAUCGAGUGGAGCAAGGGAACGGCGAAGGGAGCCAUGGUGGCUCAGGUGACGGAGGACGGCAACAUCGUCCGCAUUCUCGACGACUCCGAAGGGAAGGUGAUCAACUUCGUGACAUCGGUGACGGAGUUCAACGGGGACAUCUUCCUCGGCAGCCUCGCGACCAACUUCGUCGGGAAAUUAUCUCUGGCGCAGGUGAUACAGCAGGAGCAGUGAGCAGCACAUCUCCAGCCCUUGGAGCACGAGGAAAGUUUACGUGCCUGUUUCUGCAAACAAUUGGAUCUUGUAGUAAGGCUUUCGAAAAGAAUUCGGAUUUCUGUACUGUAACAUUUUUAUUUUUAUUUGUCAAAUAUUAUCCAAUUAUGGACUAACUAGGUUUAAAAGAUUCA